GGGUGAAAUUAAGGUUGAAAUGGACACCCUUCAGAAGCUUAAGGAUGAGUUGAAAAGGGAAAGAGAAGAACUUGAUAGAAAUAUGGAGCAGACAAAGAUUGAGAUUGACCAUCUUGAGACAGUCAAAUCCGAUAUUCAAAGACAGAAAGAAGAGCUUGAAAAGGCAAUGUUUGACACAAAGGUUGAAAAGGAAGAACUGGAGAGGCUAAAAUCUGACAUCUUGAAACAGAAGGAGGAAACUGAGGCAAAACUAGUGACGCUGCAGCAAGAGAUGGAGGAAAUGGGAGCCUUGAGGGAAGACAUGAAGAAGCAGAAGGAUGAACUGGACGACAAGAUGCAGAAGAUGAAACGAGAGAUGGGAGAGAUGGAACUCACAAAAUCUGAGCUAGAGGCCAAAAGAAGAGAGCUGGAGCACACCAUCAGAAGAAACACCAGGAAACUAAAUGACAUGGAAAAAUCAAAGACUGACAUACAACAAGCUAAAGAGGAGGUGGAUAAUGCAAUGAAGAAAAUCACCCUUGAGAAGGAAGAAUUAAAUGAAAUGAAAGUGGUUUUGCAAAGCCAGUUUGAGGAUGAUAAAAAUGAGCUUCAAAGGAUGGAAAGGGAGCUUCAUCAAAGGAUGGAGUUGUUUGAAAUUGAGAACAACAAACUGAGAGAAACUCAAAAUCAACUUAAACUCCAAAGACAAACUCUUCAAACAUCUAGAGAAGACAUGGAAAAGGAAAGAGGUAAAAUGUCAGAUGAGUUUCAGGAACAGAGAGAUAUCCUCACAAACGAGUGGCAAAAAUUGGUCGAGGCUAAAGAAGAGAUGAAAAGGGAAAGAAUGGAACUGGAUCAAGAAAGGAAAGAAAUUGGCCUAAGACAAGUUGAAAUGCAGCAGCUUCAAAUGGAGGUAGUCAAAAUGAAAAAUGAAGCCCAAGUUGGUCUCGAAGACACAAUUAGAGAAGCCUCUAUUGAGACUGUGCAACUUGCCAAAGCAAAGGAAGAGCUCGACACAAAAAUGGGUGAAAUUAAGGUUGAAAUGGACACCCUUCAGAAGCUUAAGGAUGAGUUGAAAAGGGAAAGAGAAGAACUUGAUAGAAAUAUGGAGCAGACAAAGAUUGAGAUUGACCAUCUUGAGACAGUCAAAUCCGAUAUUCAAAGACAGAAAGAAGAGCUUGAAAAGGCAAUGUUUGACACAAAGGUUGAAAAGGAAGAACUGGAGAGGCUAAAAUCUGACAUCUUGAAACAGAAGGAGGACACUGAGGCAAAACUAGUGACGCUGCAGCAAGAGAUGGAGGAAAUGGGAGCCUUGAGGGAAGACAUGAAGAAGCAGAAGGAUGAACUGGACGACAAGAUGCAGAAGAUGAAACGAGAGAUGGGAGAGAUGGAACUCACAAAAUCUGAGCUAGAGGCCAAAAGAAGAGAGCUGGAGCACACCAUCAGAAGAAACACCAGGAAACUAAAUGACAUGGAAAAAUCAAAGACUGACAUACAACAAGCUAAAGAGGAGGUGGAUAAUGCAAUGAGGAAAAUCACCCUUGAGAAGGAAGAAUUAAAUGAAAUGAAAGUGGUUUUGCAAAGCCAGUUUGAGGAUGAUAAAAAUGAGCUUCAAAGGAUGGAAAGGGAGCUUCAUCAAAGGAUGGAGUUGUUUGAAAUUGAGAACAACAAACUGAGAGAAGACACAAUUAGAGAAGCCUCUAUUGAGACUGUGCAACUUGCCAAAGCAAAGGAAGAGCUCGACACAAAAAUGGAUGAAAUUAAGGUUGAAAUGGACACCCUUCAGAAGCUUAAGGAUGAGUUGAAAAGGGAAAGAGAAGAACUUGAUAGAAAUAUGGAGCAGACAAAGAUUGAGAUUGACCAUCUUGAGACAGUCAAAUCCGAUAUUCAAAGACAGAAAGAAGAGCUUGAAAAGGCAAUGUUUGACACAAAGGUUGAAAAGGAAGAACUGGAGAGGCUAAAAUCUGACAUCUUGAAACAGAAGGAGGAAACUGAGGCAAAACUAGUGACGCUGCAGCAAGAGAUGGAGGAAAUGGGAGCCUUGAGGGAAGACAUGAAGAAGCAGAAGGAUGAACUGGACGACAAGAUGCAGAAGAUGAAACGAGAGAUGGGAGAGAUGGAACUCACAAAAUCUGAGCUAGAGGCCAAAAGAAGAGAGCUGGAGCACACCAUCAGAAGAAACACCAGGAAACUAAAUGACAUGGAAAAAUCAAAGACUGACAUACAACAAGCUAAAGAGGAGGUGGAUAAUGCAAUGAGGAAAAUCACCCUUGAGAAGGAAGAAUUAAAUGAAAUGAAAGUGGUUUUGCAAAGCCAGUUUGAGGAUGAUAAAAAUGAGCUUCAAAGGAUGGAAAGGGAGCUUCAUCAAAGGAUGGAGUUGUUUGAAAUUGAGAACAACAAACUGAGAGAAACUCAAAAUCAACUUAAACUCCAAAGACAAACUCUUCAAACAUCUAGAGAAGACAUGGAAAAGGAAAGAGGUAAAAUGUCAGAUGAGUUUCAGGAACAGAGAGAUAUCCUCACAAACGAGUGGCAAAAAUUGGUCGAGGCUAAAGAAGAGAUGAAAAGGGAAAGAAUGGAACUGGAUCAAGAAAGGAAAGAAAUUGGCCUAAGACAAGUUGAAAUGCAGCAGCUUCAAAUGGAGGUAGUCAAAAUGAAAAAUGAAGCCCAAGUUGGUCUCGAAGACACAAUUAGAGAAGCCUCUAUUGAGACUGUGCAACUUGCCAAAGCAAAGGAAGAGCUCGACACAAAAAUGGGUGAAAUUAAGGUUGAAAUGGACACCCUUCAGAAGCUUAAGGAUGAGUUGAAAAGGGAAAGAGAAGAACUUGAUAGAAAUAUGGAGCAGACAAAGAUUGAGAUUGACCAUCUUGAGACAGUCAAAUCCGAUAUUCAAAGACAGAAAGAAGAGCUUGAAAAGGCAAUGUUUGACACAAAGGUUGAAAAGGAAGAACUGGAGAGGCUAAAAUCUGACAACUUGAAACAGAAGGAGGAAACUGAGGCAAAACUAGUGACGCUGCAGCAAGAGAUGGAGGAAAUGGGAGCCUUGAGGGAAGACAUGAAGAAGCAGAAGGAUGAACUGGAUGACAGGAUGCAGAAGAUGAAACGAGAGAUGGGAGAGAUGGAACUCACAAAAUCUGAGCUAGAGGCCAAAAGAAGAGAGCUGGAGCACACCAUCAGAAGAAACACCAGGAAACUAAAUGACAUGGAAAAAUCAAAGACUGACAUACAACAAGCUAAAGAGGAGGUGGAUAAUGCAAUGAAGAAAAUCACCCUUGAGAAGGAAGAAUUAAAUGAAAUGAAAGUGGUUUUGCAAAGCCAGUUUGAGGAUGAUAAAAAUGAGCUUCAAAGGAUGGAAAGGGAGCUUCAUCAAAGGAUGGAGUUGUUUGAAAUUGAGAGCAACAAACUGAGAGAAACUCAAUAUGCACUUCUAAUCCAAAGCCAAACUCUUAAGACAGCUAGAGAGGACAUGGAAAAAGAAAGAGGUAAAAUGACAGAACAUUUUCAGGAACAGAGAGAUAUCCUCACAAACAGAGGAAACGCUUCUAUUGAGAAAAAACAACUUACCAAAGCGCAGGAAGAACUCAACACAAAAAUGGAAGAAAUGCAGAGAGAAAUGGACAGACUUCAGAAACUGAGGGAUGAGUUGAAAAAAGAAAGACAAGAACUUGACAGAAAAAAAGAGCACACAAAGAUGGAGAUGAAAGAUCUGAAGACAGUCAAAUUAGAUGUUCAAAGACAGAAGGAGGAACUUGAAAAGGCAAUGUUUGAAAUGAAAGUUGAAAAGGAAGAACUGGAGAGGCUAAAAUCUGACAUCUUGAAACAGAAGGAGGAAACUGAGGCAAAACUAGUGACGCUGCAGCAAGAGAUGGAGGAAAUGGGAGCCUUGAGGGAAGACAUGAAGAAGCAGAAGGAUGAACUGGAUGACAGGAUGCAGAAGAUGAAACGAGAGAUGGGAGAGAUGGAACUCACAAAAUCUGAGCUAGAGGCCAAAAGAAGAGAGCUGGAGCACACCAUCAGAAGAAACACCAGGAAACUAAAUGACAUGGAAAAAUCAAAGACUGACAUACAACAAGCUAAAGAGGAGGUGGAUAAUGCAAUGAAUAGAAUUGCUCUUGAGAGGGAAGAACUAAAUGAGAUGAAAACGAUUUUACAAGGCCAGUUUGAUAAUGAUAGAAAAGAGCUUCAAAACUUGGAAAGGGAGUUUCAGCAAAGGAUUGAGUUAGUGGCAAAAAUGGUGGAGAAAACCAAAGAAGAAAUGAAAAGAGAAAGAAAGGAAAUGGAAAAAGAAAGGAAAGAAAUAGACAAUAGACAAGUUGCAAAUGGAGCAGCUUCAAAUGGAGGUAGACAAAAUGAAAAAAGAUGGCCAAGAUGGUCUCAAGACAGAAUUAGAGAAGCCCUAUUGAGACAGAGCAACUUGCCAAAGCAAAAGAAGAACUCAACACAAAAAAUGGAAGAAAUGAAGAGAGAAAUGGAUGCCCUCAAGAAGCUGAGGGAUGAAUUGAAAAGGAAAAGAGGAGAAAUGGAAAGAAAAAUGGAGAAGACAAUAAUGGAGAUUGAUCAUCUUGAGACAGUCAAAUUUGAUGUUCAAAGACAGAAGGAGGAGCUUGAAAAGGCAAUGUUUGAAAUGAAAGUUGAGAAGGAAGAACUGGAGAGGUUAAAAUCUAACAUACAGAAACAAAAGGAGGAAACUGAGGCGAAGCAAGAGAUGGAGGAAAUGGUAACCUUGAGGGAUGACAUGCAGAAGCAGAAGGAUGAACUGGAUGACAACAUGCAGAAGAUGAAACGAGAGAUGGGAGAGAUGGAACUCACAAAAGCUGAGCUGGAGGCCAAAAGAAGAGAGCUGGAGCACACCAUCAGAAGAAACACCAGGAAACUAAAUGACAUGGAAAAAUCAAAGACUGACAUACAACAAGCUAAAGAUGAAUUAAAUAAAGCAAUGAAUAGAAUUGCUCUUGAGAGGGAGGAGCUGAAUGAGAUGAGAGCCAUGUUACAAGGCCAGUUUGACAAUGAUAGAAAAGAGCUACAAAACUUGGAAAGUGAGCUUUAUCAAAGGAUGGAGUUAUUGGAAAUUCAGAGCAACAAGGUGACAGAAACUGAAAGUUCACUUAAUUUCCAAACACAAAGUCUUGAGACAGCUAGACAAGACAUUGAGAAAGAAAGACAUAAAAUGAGAGACAGAAUUAGAGAAGCCCUGGUUGACACAGAGCAACUUGCCAAAGCACAAGAAGAACUCAACACAAAAAUGGAAGAAAUGCAGAGAGAAAUGGACACACUACAGAAGUUGAGGGAUGAAUUGAAAAGGGAAAGAGAAGAAAUUGACAGAAAAAUGGAGAAGACCACAAUGGAGAUUGAUCAUCUUGAGACAGUCAAAUUUGAUGUUCAAAGACAGAAAGAGGAGCUUGAAAAGGAAAUGUUUGAAAUGAAAGCUGAGAAGGAAGAACUGGAGAAAUUAAAAUCUAACAUACAGAAACAAAAGGAGGAAACUGAGGUGAAGCUGGUGAUGCUGAAGCAAGAGAUGGAGGAAAUGGUAACCUUGAGGGAUGACAUGAAGAAGCAGAAGGAUGAACUGGAUGACAACAUGCAGAAGAUGAAACGAGAGAUGGGAGAGAUGGAACUCACAAAAGCUCAGCUGGAGGCCAAAAGAAGAGAGCUGGAGCACACCAUCAGAAGAAACACCAGGAAACUAAAUGACAUGGAACAAUCAAAGACUGACAUACAACAAGCUAAAGAUGAGUUAAAUAAAGCAAUGAAUAGAAUUGCUCUUGAGAGGGAGGAGCUGAAUGAGAUGAGAGCCAUGUUACAAGGCCAGUUUGACAAUGAUAGAAAAGAGCUACUAAACUUAGAAAGUGAGCUUUACAUGCGGAUCAGCUUAUUGGAAAUUCAGAGCAACAAGGUGACAGAAACUGAAAGUUCACUUAAUUUCCAAACACAAAGUCUUGAGACAGCUAGACAAGACAUUGAGAAAGAAAGACAUAAAAUGAGAGGUGAGCUUCAGGAACAAAGAAUUAAAGUUGAAACAGAGUGGCAAAUGCUGGAGAAAACCAAAGAAGAUAUGAAAAGAGAAAGAAAGGAAAUGGAAAAAGAAAGGGAAGAUAUAGACAAUAGACGAAUGCAGAUGGAGCAUCUUCAGGCAGAGGUAGACAAGAUGAAAAAAGAUGGCCAAGAUGUUCUCGAAGGCAGAAUUAGUGAAGCCCUGGUUGACACAGAGCAACUUGCCAAAGCACAAGAAGAACUCAACACAAAAAUGGAAGAAAUGCAGAGAGAAAUGGACACACUACAGAAGUUGAGGGAUGAAUUGAAAAGGGAAAGAGAAGAAAUUGACAGAAAAAUGGAGAAGACCACAAUGGAGAUUGAUCAUCUUGAGACAGUCAAAUUUGAUGUUCAAAGACAGAAAGAGGAGCUUGAAAAGGAAAUGUUUGAAAUGAAAGCUGAGAAGGAAGAACUGGAGAAAUUAAAAUCUAACAUACAGAAACAAAAGGAGGAAACAGAGGUGAAGCUGGUGAUGCUAAAGCAAGAGAUGGAGGAAAUGGUAACCUUGAGGGAAGACAUGCAGAAGCAGAAGGAUGAACUGGAUGACAAGAUGCAGAAGAUGAAACGAGAGAUGGGAGAGAUGGAACUCACAAAAGCUGAGCUGGAGGCCAAAAGAAGAGAGCUGGAGCACACCAUCAGAAGAAACACUAGAAAACUAAAUGAGAUGGAACAAUCAAAGACUGAAUAUCUAGAAAAAGAAAAAGAGCUGUUGAAAAGAGAAAGAGAUGAACUUUUGCAAGCAAAAUUACUUGUACAGAGACAGGUGGAUACUGGUGUUCAAACAGAGGAGAAGGAAAUGGACCAGGAGGCUACACCAGCACCAGAACAAGUGUUCAGGAAGCAAGGCAUUGAGAGAGAGAUGCUGGAACUGGAAAGGGAGAUACAACAUCAGAAAGAGGUUCUAGAACAGGAGAAGAAGGCUCUGGAAAAUGAGAAAGAUGGUCUAAGACAUGAUAAAGAUAUGUUGGAAUACGAGAGGGCUACUCUAGAAAAGGAAUGGGAAGAUUUACAUCAAAUUCCUAACGAAGUAAGGAAUUUCAGAGAGGAGAUACAACAAAAAGAGGAAGCACUGAAGGUCAAAAUGGACAACUUGUCUCUCCAAGAGGAAGACAUAAACAAACAGAGGAAAGUUAUGGAAAUGGAAAAGUAUGACAUUCAACAGGAAAGAUAUCAGCUGUCACAACAAAAGAUUAAAAUUGACCAACAACAGAAAGAAAUUGAAGACAUAGUGAAAAAUAACAUUAAAUGCAGCAAUGACCUGAAAUUAUUGAAGUUGGAAUUUGAGCAAGAAAAGGAGAAACAUGAGUGUGACCUAGCCACAGAAAAAAUGUAUAUUCAAGAAAAAAGGUUUGCGCUUGAAAAAGAAAGACUAGACAUAACAGAGAGACUCAUUCAAAUUCAGUGUGAGAAAGACUCUCUAGAUCAGUUGCAUGCAGACAUAGAGAAACAUAAAGAAGAUAUCAAAAGGGAGAGCAAACACCUGGAAAUAGAAAUGCAGUACUUUGAGCACUACAAGACAGAACUUAUGAAGCAAUCAGAGGAGAUGGAUGACGUAAAGCAAACUGUGAUGGUGGAGCAGAGACAUCUUGAGAGCAAAAUGGCUGAAUUAAACUACCAAAAGCUGCAGGUGGAUGACAUGAUGAGAAGAAAUAAAUUGGAGUUGGAUAACUUGGAAAAACUUAGGAUUGAAAUAGGAAUACAAACACAGCACUUGGAGAACACCAUGGAAAAUAUAAGGAUAGAACAGGAGCAGUUGGAAAACAAUAGAAAAAUACUGGAAAAAGAAAAACAAGAUAUUGAAAAAAGCAACAAACUCACAUCAAAAGAAAAGAUGGAGGUGGAAAAGAUGAAGGAAGAUCUACAUAGAGAAUGGAAUGAAUUUAAAAGAGAGAGACUCAAUGCAGAGGAACAGGAAAACGUCAGAAUAAAAGAAAUACAAGAUGAAAAAAUUGCUAUAGAAUCAUUAUUUGUUGACAUAGAAAAUAAGAAAAAGGAACUAUACAUAGAAAGACAACACAUCAACACCAGACAACUUCAAAUGGACGUUCUCAAAAAAGAGCUUCACAAACAGAGAGACAACAUGGAAGAGCAGCAGAGUGACCUGAUAGAAAGGAAAGCUGAGAUCGACCAGCAACAAAUAGAGCUGAAUAAUAUGAUGGAUAUCCACAACAAAGAAAAGAUGGAACUUGACCGAAUCAGGGCUGACAUAAAAAAAGAGAGGGAAGCAGUUGAGAUCACCGUGAAAGAAAAGUUAAGUGCGGAAAGAGAAGAACUUGAGAAACUGAAAAAUAGACUGCAUGAAGAAAGGCAGGAAAUUGAAAACAACAAACAUGCCAUGAUGAAAGACAAGGAUGAGUUGGAAAACUGGAAAAAUGAUCUUCAGAAACAAUGGAACGAGCUGCGUCCUUACAAGGAAAACAUUGAAAGUGAAAAGGAUGUACUUCAAAAGAAGAUGGCUGAGGUGGAAGAAAAGUCAAAUAACAUUGAGAAUAUGAUGCAGGAGAUGAUGCAGGAGAAAGAGAGAAUGGAUGAACAAGCACAGAUUCUACAACAAGAAAAGGAUGUCCUCCAGAGUGUUGCUGAAGAAACAGAAAGAAUGAAGGUUGAAUUUGAAAAGUAUAGUAUUGAAAUUGAGAAACAAAAACAAGAAUUAGCAGAAAACAAACUCAUUCUUUGA